UCAAAGUUUUGCCGAGUCGCCAAAAUGUCAAAACAAAUUUAACCAAGAUGUCGGAUAUAAAUGACGACUUGCUCAACUACGAGCUUGGAGAUGUCGAGGAUCCGGCCCUACUGAACGAGGACGAUCUGCUGCUCUCGGACGAUGAGAGCGGCCUCAAGUUGGACCAGCAUGAAGAAGCGUUCCUGCUGGGCGAAUCAGAAGAUUGGGUUGCCAAGCAGCUCGCCGCAAAGGAGAAAGAAAAGGAAAGAGCACAACAACAGCAGCAGCAAGCCGAAAGGCUCGUCGGUAACAAAAAGCAACCCGCAGCCGUGUCGAACAAUGCCGUACAACCCCCUCCUUCAGUAUCCGCUUGGGAUGAAGCAAAACAAGCUCCCACAACCACAAAAAGAUCCACAACCCGCCGAAGCGGAACACCUAAAAACAUUGAAGAGCAGUCGAUUCCGAUUCCGGUGGCCGAGUUGAAACAAGAAGUAGCAGAACCAUACUACGCGCCGACGCCAGAGGUGUUAGUUCUCAAGCAAGAAUCCUGCAAAUCGCAAGCUUUUGUGAAAGAAGAACAACCCUCCAGUGAAGAGUCCUUCGUUCCAGCCUCUACGGAAUCAGAAUCCGUAACCAAUACUAGUACGGAAAUAUCGUCUGUUUCGGGCUCGACGCUGGCCACAGAAUCAGCUUCCGCAACGUCACUAGUAACUGAUUCCUCGGUUUCACAAACAGAUUCUGAAAUUUUCUGUUCAAAACAGAUUUAUCAACCGGUGGAUGAUAUCGAUGCAGUAUCCUCCCAUCAGGAUAUAUCAAAACAUGGUCCCCCUGGAAGCGAGACCAAAAUAUUACAUACCAACAAGGAUAAAUCUUCCAGUCAACUUUGUGAUACUACCUCAUCGGAAGAUGUGCUAGAUCUGUAUGUUACAAAUCAGGAUCGAGAGCCAGAAUUUUCCUACGAUACCGACGAGUCGGCCGAAAAACGGGAUUGGAAACACGAAGGCAAACAUAUGGAUGGCGGCAACAAAGCUUCGUCGAUGCUGCGAGAUCAGCAGCACCAGCAACAACAUCGUCACCUCUCAAAUAGACCUAACAAUUUCAAACAUUCCGGCGAUUCCGGAUCAUCUGGCAACGAGCAGCAACAUUUUCCCCCACUCGGAAUGCCUCCCCAUCCAGGCGGUCCCAACUUUGGACCGGGUCCAUUUCGAGGUGGUAUGCGUCCUCGGUUUCCACCUCGGCCGGGCUUCCCCGGUGACAUGAACAAUUUUCGGAACAAUCGAAUGAAUUUUCCAAUGGGAGGUCGACCUCCGUUUCCCCCGCGGGGACCACCUUUCGAACAUAUGAUGCGACCAGGAAUGAUUCGUCCCGGAGAUCGUCCGCCAUUCGAUCCGUUGCGUGGUGGCCCUAGAAUGGGUCUCGGUGGACCGAUGUUUCGUCCGAAUGGUCCCGGUGGUCCGCCACCACCAGGAGUUCCCUAUGGCGGUGUACCUCUUGGUGGUCCCCCAGGAGGAGGACCGUCUAUGCCACCCGCUGGACCGCCCGGUCCAAUGCCAUCAAUGCCACCGCAUCAACAGGCACCGAUUAUAGGCUUCGAGAGUGCACCGCCACCGGCUGCAACUGUACCACAGAUCCCAGCUACCCCGGUGCUACCGAGGAAGGUGCUAAUCAAUCCCAAUUUUAAAGGAGGUGUGGAGGCGGCGACGAGUCAAAUGAUGCGCGAUGCGCUGAACAGUCAACAAUUUCUGGCCAGCAUCAACAACCGCCAGGUCAGCGACGAGGAACUGCUGCGUCAGCAGGAAGAAUUCAUCAACAAAAAUCGGAUCGAAGUUGAAAAGCGACGUUUCGAACGGUCUCCUUCGAGGGAGCGGGACCGCGAACGGGAACGAGAUCGUGACCGUGAUCGGGAACGUGAGCGGGAACGGGAGCGAGAGCGUGAGCGUGAACGUGAACGAGAACGGGAGAGAGAGCGGGAACGCGAUCGUGAUCGCGAACGGGAACGAGGUCGCUCCCGUGAGCGCGAUCGGGAGCGUGAUCGCGAAAGGGAACGUGAGAGGGAACAUCGGGACAGGUCCAGGGAACGAUCGAGAUCUCCACGGCGACAUCGUGCCCUCAGUCGUGAUAGGGACACGAAUCGGGGAACAAGAAGAAAUUUCCCCUCCAGACGACACGGAAGCCGCGAUCGGGAUGAUGACAGUCGUUAUCCGAAGAGACGAAAGAGCAGUGACUUCGGGGAGAAUCGAAACAAUAAUGACAAAAAAGACGAUGACGAAGAUCCUGAAAUUAAGGCGUAUCGGUUAGAGAUCGAAAAGCAAAAGGCGAUUCGGGAGAAAAUUCUUAAGGACAAGGAGAUGCGCCGUAAGCAAGCGGCAGAAGAGAAUAAAAAGAGUAAACCUUCGGAUAGAAAAUCCGAAGAACCGGCUCCGAAGUUCACACCCAUCGUGGUGACAGAGAAGAAGAUAAUUUCGUUGAAAAAGAAAUCCGAUUCGUCAUCCACCACCGACAAAUCGUCUUCGGACAGGCACUCUUCGUACAACCACGAAUCGUCAUCCAAGAAGUCGUCACUGCCAGCCGAACACAGUAAGAAAACAUCUUCGUCGUCAUCAUCAUCAUCCAUGCAGGCCGAAAACGAUACGCGAAAGCCAGUUCCCCCUCCAGUGGCUUCACUUACGCCGAGUCCUCCUAAACGCAAAAUUAUCGACAAUCGAGACGAACUGGAUCUGUUCCUGGACGAAUACGAGGAGGAGCUGCUGCGGGAACCAACGCCGUCACCGCCAAGGGAGAAACCUCAUACCAACGCGAGCAGUAGUAGCAACAAUAGGGGCGACAGCGGAUUUAGCUCUGGUAGUCGGAGAAUCGUGCUAAAGCCGGUUACCGGGUCCGACUCGCGCCACAGUGACAGGGAUAAGCCACCGGCUAAAAAGUUGAGAGUAUUUGAUAGACUAGAUAAGCGGAUAGGUGUCAAUGAUGCGGACAAACGCAAACUGCAAAGGAUCACGCCAUUAAUUGUAAUUUCCAGCGACAGCUUGGAUUGUAAUAAUAACGUCGCCGACGCGGCACAAGACGGUUUCCACGGUAGACAUGAGCGAGAAGGCAAAGCGCCGAAAAUCUGCAGCGCUAUUGUUACAACACAAAAACAGCCGCUGGAAACCGCGCGUCAUCCGUCGAAACAACAACAACAAUCGCGCAUAAAAGAUGAUAAACACCACUCUCACCGACACCGGACGAAAAAGUCCAAGAAAGCUAAACGACGCCAUUCCUGAACGGGAAGAAUACUGGAGUAGAAUGGUUAAAAGACUGAAUGGGAUUGUCUUGGUAUUGCACGUGUAAAGUUUUCUUUAUUUUUUGUAUUAUUUCAUAGUGAUUAAAAUUGUUAUUGUAAAUAUAUUUUUUGUAUGGGUUGACGUAGAAA